AUGGAAGCCACAGAUUUUGAUGCAGUGCUUAGAUGGGGCGAAGAUCAUGAUGAAUUCCCCGAUCUCCAGUAUAACUUAGGCAUUGACGAUACAUUCCCGUGGGACCAUCUUUUGGAUGAGUACCUGGACCCAUUCGAGCAUCUAGACCCAUUCCCACUUGGCGCACUCCCCCCAAUCGAUGAGAUAGUGGAGCCCCUUGAUGCACUCCCCGAGCUAUCACCUAGUCAGUCACCGCAAUGCAACAUUCAGAUGUUAAGCGAAUCAAUCACUGAGCUUAAAGACCGUGUUAAUGGGUUGGAAGACCGGUAUGGUACCCUUUCUCACCUCAAAAGAAAUCCAGAGCCUGACUAUGUUAGAAUUACGGAGAAGCAAAAAAGAAUUGCCGACUUGGAGGCUUAUAUCGAGAGCCUUCAGCCAUUUCUAUUGCAACUUGGUACAUCCAUCGAAGGACUCUUGACAGAGACCCCAAAGUAA